AUGGAGGACGACGACCUGCUCGUCAGUUUCGGAGUCAGCGACGCGCAUUGCCAUCCGCAGGACGACCCAGUCGCGUGCGCUUCCGGGCUGGCUGCUGUAUCCAAAUGUCGCUAUCUUGCGGCCAUGGGCACCCGCUUGGAGGACUGGGAGGCGGUGGAGGAGCUAGCCGUCAGGGAGCCCGACAAGGUAAUACCCUGCUUCGGAGUGCACCCCUGGUUCGCGCACCUCCACGCCCUGGACCAGGCAGCUGCAGCGCCCGCAGACCCCUCCCUGCCGGCGCCGCUGCCGCUGCUGCUGGACUGUCCCGCCAACGGCAAGGACCACCCCUCCCGCCACCCCGACCUGAUGCCCCGUCUGGCCCCCCUCCCCCCCGCCACCUGGUUCCCCCGCCUGAGGGCGCUGCUGGAGCGAUAUCCCCAGGCUGUGGUGGGGGAGUUCGGGUUGGACCGGGUGGCGGUGGUGCCGGGAACCCGGCUGCAGCCCUCCUGGAGUCACCAGCUGGCUCUCACCGAGCUGCACCUGAGACUGGCUUCGGAGCUUGGCCGCCCCGCCUCCCUCCACUGCGUGCAGGGUUACGGCCACCUGCAGGACAUGAUGCGGAGGUUGGGGCCGGAGGGGUUUCCGCCCAAGGUCAUGCUGCACAGCUACGGCGGCAGUGUGGAUCUGAUCCGCGGUUUCACGAAGCUGCCCGGAGGCGUGGGGGAGAGGGUCUACUUCAGGCGGGUGGACUGCCUUCCGCCUACACGACGGUUCCUUAAGUCCACACUACAUGCACGUGCCCCCACCCCCACCCCCACCCCCACGCGGUGUUUGCCUGCGGCAGUUUCUCCUCCGUCAUCAAUGGCCGAGCUCGCGACAAAACUGUUGGAGCGGCUCCGCGCCGCCCCCCUGGAGCGUCUGUUGGUAGAGAGCGACCAGUGCAGUCCCCGGAGGGUGGACUCCGGGCUGCGGGACAUUCUAGAAGCGGUGGCGGAGGCGAGGGGCAUAUCCCUUGAGCAGGCGGCCGCCGCCACCUCCGAGAACUUCCGAACCUUCUACGCCACCAGCUUGGAACGCAUGGGGCGGGGGGAGGGGAAGGGGGAAAGGCGGUAG